UUAGACUCCUGGCUAAAAGCAAAAGGCAAGACUCCUUCCAGGUUCAGACACCUAAUGUUCUUUGGUGCCCACCUCUCUGCCAAACAAAAGGGAAAGCAAAAGGAGCCAGCCACCAAGAGAUCCCUGUCAGUGGCAGAACUAACAGAACAGCAAGCACACAUGGCAGCUGAAUCAGAGGAUGUGUUGAGGCAGAAUCUGAACUUUGAUUCUGAGGAGGAGGAGGAGGAGGAGGAUAGAGAAGACAGUGGGAUACAGUCACAACUCCGGGACAUGCUGGAAGAGUGUACCACACUUUAUGAAGCUGGCUGUCCAGCACCCAGUAUAUUUUCAUGGCUUGAUGAGAUAGAGUCCAGUGUGUCCACUGCCCGGCGGUCAGCAGAGUAUUGGGUGGUCAGAGCCAAAGUGACCGAGGGGUCAGGAUCAGAAAAUGAUGUCUUGGAUGUGUUUGAAGAGGCAAUGAAGGCUGAUGCUAAGCCUCCUGAGCCAAUUGUUCAGGCCUUGCAGGAGUUCGUUCUGAGAAUGGAGGAAAGAUGCAAGGCCAAAGGUAUAGCCAUGACGCCACGGCAACCACUUCUAGAGAUAGGCAAUAUCAGUAAGGAUAAAACCACAACACCAAGCCAUCUACAGGUGAAGGAAGGAAAUGUGUUCGAGUCUUCUGCUAUCAAGUACUGCAUCAAAGAACAGACGCCUUAUUUUCAGAGGUUGAAAGCUGCAGUGUCCGAUUCCGUACAGUCUCCGAUACAGUUAUGUGCAAUUGUGACCCCUGUCAGAAGGUCAACACGGAAAAGUUGUGCUAACCUUCCCAGAAUGCUCCUGGAUCACGACACUGUAGUGUCCAGUGUCAGCGAUAUCCCAGAGGACAUGAAGGAAACCGUGCUGUUUAAACCAAACAAGGCACUAAAUAUGAAGUUAGAGGACAGCAUUGAGCAAGAGCAGCCAGUAGAGUCUCAAUAAGCUAUAGAUAAUAAUGUGUCUUUAGCUGAUUACAUAUGAAAUAUUGUGCUUUUUACUGGGACAUGGGUUUCUUUUUUUAUGUGGCACCCAUAAAUAUGCUUUUACAAAUAUUACAGCAGCAUGUUUUGUGUGCAUAAGAGACAAAUUGUUCUGUGCUUGUCUUGUUUUGGAAUGCUCCAUUUUCUAUGUGUUUGCUUUUUGAUUCAAAUAAUCGUGCAUUGUAUAAUAUUAUGAAAUUUUAUACUCAUAAACGUCUUUUCUUUUGGGGAGAUUUAAGGUAACAUUGCAUAUUUUAUUUGCAAUUUUUAAAUU